ACAGCACACGGAUUACACCGCCGCCUAUGAGGAUGUGACUCCAAUCGGCUGCUCAGUGUGCUUUUCUAGAUUGUUACACAGACACCAAUCUAAAAUCGCCGGAGCGAGUAAGUUUGUGGAGUUUUUCCGCGGGAUCGAUGGCGCUACAUUUGUGAGAAAAAGCACAAAAAAUGUUACUGGGUUUGAAAUCACGCUGUUUGUGAUUCUGAAGCUAUUACGUAUGGAGCUAUGAACGAUCCGGAGCUCACGCCGAUCUCCAAGGCGCAACAGCGAAUGGCUUCGGCUUUUCCCGGGGAAGAGAGCGCUCUGUCCGGCAGCGUGUGCAGACCCGAGCGCAACGGGAUCUUCUUCAUCCACUGCUUCAUUUGUGGGAGCGGGGUAACCCCGGGGAAAGAGCUGAGCUUACAGGUAAAAUACCAACGAGAAAAGAAUGGCCCGUUUUUCCCUUUCCUGCAAGGCCAGGACCCGGCUCCUGGCGCGCCGGAGAUCGGUCCGGAUGGGGACGCUCUGGUGUGCGCUGUGUGCCACUGCUUCCUGCGCGAACAGUGGAACUCAUUCGAGCGCAACAGGACGCCAAUCGAGAAGCGCAUGUACUGGCUCAAGAGACCCUACCAGUGCGAUUUACGGAACAUUACAUACGAUUUGGAGCGAAGAAUGAGCGUUAGCAAUUACGACGCCAAUGAGUCGGACAUUUCCUCAUUCUCUGAUAAUGACCUGUCCGAGCAGGACUUUGACUUGUCAGCGUGUGUAAUGAAUAGCCAUAAUGCCACAGGUUUCCGUGCGUCUAAUAAAGCAUCAAGAGAAGGCAGUAGAAAGAUCACAAUGAGUGUUAAGAGCAGUCCUGAGUCAGUGCGAUAUCCGACCAGAGUUUACACACGUCAGGACGUACCGAAAUCAGAACGGCGCGCGACUAAGAUCAUCAAUCACACAUCUCAGUCAUCCGUGUCCAUGACUCUCCAGCAUUAUGACAGUCUCUCUAUUCGCGCACCUCUGCAGGAUAACGGCAUCAUUACGUGUGACAAGCAGUGGAUACAUGCGUCCACCGGUGACUCGGACGGGCCUGACAGCAGCGAUAUCAACAUCACCAGCGAUGACGAGAGAGAGCGCGCAGCAUCAGCUCACUUAGAUGUAGAGAGGAGUCAAGCACCCAAAUGUCACUCCAGUUUUUCUGCUGAUGAAUGUGCCUGUUAUAUUUGUGGAAGCAGGCUUUCAGCAGGAGGCCGCUUCAGGGUGUUUGUACAAAAGCAGGAGAGAGCCAGUGAACCAUUCUUCCCUUUUCUGUGGCUCCAUAGCCCUCCACCUGGUGCGGUGCCUCUUAGCCUGGGUGGAUACUCUCUGGUAUGCACAACUUGCCACUCCUCCCUCAUGCAGCAGUGGCAAGGGUUCGAGCUUGCAGAUGUUCCUGUUCUCCAGCGACUCUAUGUGGUGCCCCUCAGAACGGGUGCUGCAACCCCUCUUUCUCCACCUGCCAUGAAUGAAUGUGGGGAUGGACCACCAAAAAUCCAUUCACUCCCCUCCAUGCCACAGAAUCGCAGGGAGGCCUGCUACCUAUGUGGACAGGACUGCGGUCGAGAGGUCAGGAUGGCAUACACCCAUGCUGGUGCAAGUAAAGCCCGCAGUGCAAUGUAUUUUCCAUUCAUAAAUCUGCUACCAUGCCCUCCAAAUGCACAGAGUAUGCGGAAUGGAAGGGUAUACUGCUGUGUCUCAUGUCACAGCAUCUUGGAAGGGAUCUGGGCAGAGUACUGCCUCUGUCUAAGCGAGGAGCUCAUUACUUCCAUCACCACGUUCCUUGAGAGAUACCACCUGGCCAUGGGAAUGGGAGGAGUCUUGGUAUCCCCCCCCAGAGGACCCCUGUCGACCCCUUCUCAGACUGCCACAACAACCGCAAGCCACACCUCCAUCUGUUACUUGUGUGGGGAGGAGCUGUCUGGAGGAACCGAGUAUCAGCUUCAUGUUAACCCUCCAGGGCGUUGUGGGGAGCGAGCACCCUUUUUUCCCUUUCUAACUGUCCACCCUCCCGCUCCCCGUGCCUGCCCUGCUGAUGCCACUGGCCUUGUGUCUGCUUGUGCACUGUGCUACCAUGACCUGCUGGGCCAGUGGACCCAACAUGAGAGUCAGGGCUCAGAAUCAGGCCCGUCCAGCAGCCCCUGGGCACGUCAGUAUAGCUGCAACACUUUCAUCUGCUUCUUCUGCAGGAAAGAGAAGAGGAGACCUCUUGGACUGAAAGCAGUGUGCGUUGACCGCUUGCCUGUAUUCCUCUAUGCUCCAAGGGUCAGCCAGACCCUGGUAAUUGACAAUGGCAAGCAGUUAACAAUUGGCUCCUGUGUGGAAUGUAAGUCCAUGGUGCUGGCUGGGCAGAACAUGAAGACGAUUAGUGGAAUCACACAAAACAAGCUCUUCUCACUGCACCCCACAGCACUGUUUAUAAAUUAUGCCGUGUAG